AUUUUUUUUUUAAAUGGAAAAUUAGUGCAAGUUUUGUUCUCAUGACGGUGUGGUCGCGUGUUCUUUUAAUUUUCAUUCGCAUUUGUUAGAAUAAUACAUACAAACAUAUAAUAAUUUAUACGGGAAAUUGCUAAUUACAAGUACUGUACAUUUGUAAUAUUUGAAAAAUUAUUAAUUGUUCUACAUAGAAUUGAAAAGUUAAAUAUUCCAAUUAAUUAAAAAUAGUUGUUCUUUGUCAAAUAUAUUAAACUCAAGUUCUCACAGAAUAAAAAUAUUUUUGUUAUAUCAUCGUCAUUAAUGAAAAAAUAAAAGAAAUUUUCUUAAAUAUUCGGAGAGAUCUAAAUUAAAAAUCAUUUUUAAUAUAAAAAUAUAAAAAAAAUUAAAAUUGUAAAAUCAAUAAAAUUAAUAAUUUUAUUACCAUAAUUUUUUAAAUUUAUGCUUUUUACAAAAAAAAAUAUUAUUAAUUUCAAAUAUCAAAUAUUAUUUAUACACAUAUACAUAGCUAUAUCGUAUAUUUGGCCUUCUAUAUGAGCGUGUUCAUUUCUGGUGGCAGUGCGUUUCUAGUGAUAGUGUUCAUUUGAACUUAAACGAUUUUGAUAGUAAAAAAAUAUUCAAUUUUAUUUAUAGAUUAUUAAAUUAAUCCUUCAUAUACAAGAAAAAAAAAAUUUAUAUAAAAUCUUAGACAAGAAAAUAAUUUGUCUUUUUUGAUAAAUUGAAAAUUUGGAAAAAAAAAGAGAAAAACAAAAUGGUUUCAAAUCAACCACCCGAGAAUUCUAAUGACACUGUAAUUAAUGAUAAAAGCAAUGAAAAUCAAUUAAAUUCGACAAAAAAUAAUAGUAGUCAACCAGAAAAUAGUAGUGAAAAUUGUGAAAAUGUUAAUAGAUGCGCAAUAUGUCAAAUUGAAAGUAAAUUAAGAUGUUCAAAUUGUAAUUUUGUUUAUUAUUGUUCAGCUGCUCAUCAAAAACAAGAUUGGAAACAACAUAAACAACAAUGUCAUCCAUUUAUUAUAAAAUCAAAUGAAAAAUAUGGAAGAUAUUUAGUUGCCAGUCGUAAUAUUAGAGCUGGAGAAAUUGUACUUAAAGAAAAAGCAUUAGUAUCUGGUCCAUCACAGAUUACUGGACCAGUUUGCAUUGGUUGUAUGAAAGGACUAGAAGAGGAUGAUGGUCAUACAGAAUGUGAUAAUUGCGGUUGGCCUAUUUGUUCAAAAGAAUGCGCAAAGAUACCGGAGCAUGCAGUUGAAUGUGAAAUAACAAAGGCGCGGGGUAAGGUGGAAAUUUCUAAUUAUAUUUCACCACAUCCAAUUUAUCAAUGUGUAACACCAUUACGUUGUAUGCUAUUAAAGAAAACUAAUCCAGAAAAUUGGUCAAAAUUAAUCCAAUUAGAAUCACAUGAAAAUAUUAGACGCGGCUCACAACAAUGGAAAAUCGAUUAUGAAGGUGUUGCAAAGUUUAUACCAAAAUUUUUUAGAACUACUGAAUUUAGUGAAGAUGAAAUAAUGAAAGUCACUGGUAUAUUACAAAUAAAUGGACAUGAAGUACCAUUAUCAGAGCCACCAUAUGUUGCUAUUUAUAAUCAAGCAUCAUUAAUUGAACAUUCAUGUAUACCAAAUUUAACAAAAAGUUUUUCAAAACGUGGUGAUGUUAUUUUUUGGGCAACUAGAUCAAUUAAAAAGGAUGUUAAUUUAAGUAUUUGUUAUACGGAUGCAAUUUGGGGUACAGCAGCACGUCAAAAUCAUUUAUUACAAACAAAAUUAUUUAAAUGUGAAUGUAGCCGUUGUAAAGAUGUUACAGAAUUGGGUACAAAUUAUGGAGCAAUAAAAUGUAAUAAAAAUGAUUGUGAUGGCUUAUGUUUACCAUUAAGUUUAGAGACAUUAAAUUCACAAUGGAGAUGCCUAAAAUGUCAAAAAACAUUAGAGAUUGCUUAUGUUACCGAUAUUUUGGAUAGAGCCGGCAAAGAUUUAGCAGCAAUGGAGAAAGGAAAUGCCGAUCAUUGUAAAAGAUAUAUUAAUCAUUAUACAAAAUGGUUACCGAAGCAACAUCAUUAUAUUUGUGAAGUAAAAGUUGCUUUAGCGCAAUUAAUUGGAAGUGGUGGUCCGGAAAUACUACAAAGUAUAACUAAUGAUGAAUUAAAUAAGAAAAUUGAGUUAUGCCGUGAACAAAUAGGAUUAUUUGAAAAAUUAGCUCCAUCUGAAGCUAGAAUGUUGGGUUUAUUAUGUUUUGAAUUACAUGCUGCUUUAGCUGAACGUGGUCGUCGUGCCUCAACUCGUGAAGAUGAUGCAGAUAUAUGUACAUGUGCGUUGGAGGAAUCUUUAGAAUAUGUUGAAAAAUCAAUUAAUUAUUUACAACAUGAACCAACAACAUUAUCUGAGGGCCAAAUAUAUGGACAGGCAAAGAUUAAUCGAGAUUCAUUGAAAUUAGUUAUGGGGCUGCCGUGUUAAAAUUAUAAAAAUAUAAUGGAAAAAAAUGAAAAUAAAAAAGAAUUAAACAAUAAUUUUUUGACAUUUAUAUUGAGAAAAUUUUAAGAAAAUAAAAGAAAAGAAAAAAGCAAAAUAUCAU